AUGGCUUCCACCGGUGUCAAGAGAAAGAGUGCCCCUGCCGCUGGUAAGGGUGCUGCCGAUGGCAAAUUCAACAAGAAGGCCAAGGUCGAGUCGAAGAAGAAGGCCCAACCCGUCGAGACCCCCGAGGAAGACGAUGAGGGAAGUUUCGAGGAUGACUCUGAGGACUCGGACGACGGCGGUGUCCAGCUCACCCCUCGCGAUCGUGCCCAGCAGGCUCAGGCCAAGGACAAGAAGGAUGGCGCCAAUGGCGCCGACAAGAACAAGAACUUUGAGAGAGGUCAAAACUCGAGAGAGUCCCAUGCCAUUCAAAAGAAGCUCGCCCUGGAGCGCAAGAUGGCCAAGCCCCUCGCCGACGAACUCGCUCGAACCAAGAAGAUCUGGGAGAGGUUGAGGAGGAAGUCCCACGUUCCGUCCGAGGAGCGGAAGCAGCUAGUCGAUGAGCUCUUCACCAUCAUCACCGGCCGCGUCAAGGAAUUCGUCCUCAAGCAUGACGCCACGCGCGCUGUUCAGACCGCCCUUAAGUACGCCACGGCUACCCAACGGAAACAAAUUACCCGCGAGCUGCAGGGCACCUACACCCAGCUUGCCGAGAGCCGGUAUGCCAAGUUCCUCAUCGCUAAGAUGGUGGUGCAGGCCGACGGCGAGAUCAAGGACCUCAUCAUCCCCGAGUUUUACGGUAAGGUGCGGAAGUUGAUCAACCACCCCGAGGCUUCAUGGAUCUUGGACGACAUCUACAGACAAAUCGCGACGAAGGAGCAGAAGGCCAUCCUUCUGAGAGAAUGGUACGGACCCGAGUUUGCCCUCCUCGAGCGCAGCAAGGACGAGAAGCCGACUUCCGACCUCGCGACUAUCCUCGAGCAGAACCCCAGCAAAAAAGCCUACAUCCUCAAGAGUCUCAACGACAUGAUCAACUCGCUGGUUCAGAAGAAGAUGACCGGUUUCACGAUGCUUCACGACGCCAUGUUGCAGUACUUCCUCAAUGUCGAGCCCGGCACGGAAAACUUCAACCUGUUUGUUGAGAUGAUCAAGGACGACGAGGAGGGUGAUUUGCUGAAGAACAUGGCCUUCACCCGCUCUGGAUCCCGUUUGGUGGCUCUGCUUCUGGCCCACGGUUCCUCCAAGGACCGCAGAAACUUGCUCAAGGCAUACAAAGACAACUUCGUGCUGAUGUCGGGUGACCCCAACGCUCACAUUGUGAUCCUCACCGCUUUCGAUGUCAUUGAUGACACGAAGAUGUCAUCAAAGGCCAUCUUCCCCGAGCUGAUUGGCGACGACAAGGAGAAGGCGACAGACAACAUCGUUGUUUCUACAUCAAAUCCCUUCGCCAAGGCCACGCUUCUGUAUCUGUUGGAGGGCCAGACCCGCGCCCUCUUCUCCGACAACAUGAGCGACGACCUUGCGAUUCUCAAGGAGGUUCAUGCAAUUCGCCAAACCACCAGUAAGAAGGACGCCGAGAUAAGAAGGAAAGAGUUGGUUGCUGUUAUGUCACCUGCGCUCAUCACUGCCGUUGUCGAGGCUGCACCGGCUUUGGUCGCAGACCCCUUCGGUUGCCAGCUGGUUGCGGACGUGCUGCUCUCUGCGGAGGGUGACAAGACGGCAGCUCUUGAGGCCGUAGCAGCGGUCGCUGAGGGCGACCCUGGCGCGGAGCCCAUGGAGAUAGAAGGUGUCCCUACCCCUGUCCACGUCUCGCGGACAGCAUUUGGAGGCCGGUUGAUCAAGACGCUUAUUGCAGGAGGCAAGUUCAACAAGGAGACCGGCAAGGUCGAGCCCGUUGACCCGCCAUUGAAGUUCGCCGAUAUCCUGUACCCGAUCAUCAAGGACUAUAUUGUGGACUGGGCCACGGGCCCAAGUUCCUUUGUCGUUCUCAACAUGUUGGAAGCCGAGGACUUUAGCCAUGCUGCUGAGCUGAAGAAGACGCUCAAGAAGCACAAGAAAGACCUGCAGAAGGCUGCCACUGAAGAGACGGCCGAGCAGAAGGAGGCCAAGGAGGCCAGAGCCCAAAAGGAUAGCGAGAAGGGCGAGAAGGGCGCAAAGAAGGGCAAAAAGGGUGCAAAGAAGGCAGACAAGCCUGUAGGCAACCUUGGCAGCAAGCUUCUGUUGGAGAAGUUGUAA